AAGAGAAUGAAAGCGGCAUCGCAUUACAAGCAACAAGGAGCUAUUGCAGAGGGAGGAAGUCCGGUCGCAAACAUGCUGGAAGAUGCCACGGUUCACAUGAUUAUCAUUGCUUGAAAGAAGGUCAUUUCUUUGCCGUGAAGUCGGCUUGAUUCAACAAAUUCACAUUUCGGUAAGGAGAGCGAAAAUGGAAGAGAAAAUGCAAGUAAUAUCGAGUUCCGACAAGGGGUUAUUGCAAACUAAUGAGUUGUAUCAGUAUAUUUUGGACACGAGCGUGUACCCGCGUGAACUAGAGCCUCUUCAGGAGCUAAGAGAAGUCUGCGCCAUCCAUCCGAGGGCCGGGAUAGGCACCGCACCAGAUGCAGGUCAGUUGAUGGCAAUUCUACUGAAACUUCUGAAUGCUAAACGGACCAUUGAGAUUGGAGUUUUCACUGGGUACUCUCUCCUACUCACUGCUCUAAAUAUCCCCGAGGAUGGCAAGAUAAUAGCCAUAGAUGUGGACCGCGCGGCAUAUGAAAUGGGAUUACCCGUUAUCAAGAAAGCUGGCGUAGAGCACAAGAUCGACUUCAUUGAAUCCGAGGCUCUCCAAGCUCUUGAUGAAUUAGUGCAAAAGCCUGAUACCGAGGGGAGCUUCGACUUUGCCUUUGUCGAUGCCGACAAGGUCAACUUUUGGAAUUAUCAUGAAAGGUUGAUGAAGCUGGUGAAAGUGGGUGGACUGGCCGUGUACGACAACACGCUAUGGAGAGGGACGGUCGCCAUGCCUGAAGAUGCGGUUCGACAGAUACUGAAGGAGGGUCGAAAGUUAACGAUGGAGUUCAACAACUUGCUGGCAAAGGAUGCCCGCGUCCAAAUUUGUCAUGCUUCCAUAGGCGAUGGAAUGACAAUCUGCAGGCGAAUUUCCUGAAGUGCAGAUCCCCCGCUUCACCAUAUCCUAUUACUAUCUCUCUCUCUCUCUAAAACCGAAUUGCUAAUAAACCUUGGCCAUCCAUUGAUAUAAGAUCUGGUCAUGUGGUAGUAACUGUUAGAA